AUGUUACGAGACAUCAAAAGUGGGGAGAGGAAAGAGGGACUCGCACCAGCCGGUUGGCGUGGUCGAGGAGACGAGACUGCUGUCUCGCUGGCGGGCUGCCUCCGACAACACCUGAUGUAUGUCAGUAGUCAGCAGCUGCAUCCCGACAUCUCCAUUCCUUCGGAAAGCUCGUCCUCGAGCGCUAAAACACGAUGUAGAGAAGUAGUUGUUUCAGGUGGAAACAUUAGCGGACGAAGAACGAGGAAAAUAAAUUUUCAAUCUAUUAAUAUGAACAAGUUGUCGUUCCUGACGACCGAUCAGAUUGAUGAUGGUAACAUUAGGACGAGAAAUUUGUUCAACUUUGAAAGGGCCUUUCCAUUGGGCAGUGCUGAAUUGGUCUGCAAAACUAUCGGUGGCGUAAGAUAUGGUGGUUGGCAGUUGGUGGACGAUAUCACUCCAAGUGAUUGGAUGUCUUCCACAUGCAACGAAAAAUGGGCUGUAUCCUGA